GUUCGUCACGUUUACUCCCCGUUAUACUUUUACCAACACGGUGGAAACGCCUUUUUUUUUUUUUUUUUUGCAGGAAGUGUUUUGUGGUUGCAUUCGAAGACAGGACGUAAAAAUUUGUCGAGCGUUUUUAACUGCACGUGCCAGGAAAAAUGCAGUGCAAAGGGAAAUGCCUCCGCUAACAAUCCUAAUUACCCAGCAAUCGCGAAACAUGUCAAUACGGCUCUGCGACAUGUGAUUCGCUCGAGUGUUUGUAAACAUGCGUCAAAAGCAUGUGAUUCUGCUGACGACAUAUUGCGCUCAAGACGGACAGCCAAUCGGAACACGGGGGUGUGCGCCCUGGGCGUGGCCUCGUUGUGGCUCUGUGGAAAAUUCGAUGUGCGCGGCAUCGAGACUCUUUAUAAUUUGAAAAAUGAAGUUCAAGACGAUAGCGUCCAUCGUUUGGCAUCGCCAGCAGACAGAAUAAAGACACGUUUGCUCAGUCAAAUAUACAGGUGAUUCUUGGAAAGAAUGAAAAUGAAGGUGGAGAUUGCAGGGAGGAGGAGGGUUUUCUGCUGCGACAAAGGUGUGCGUGCGUGCGUGCGUGCGUGGUUGGCCUAGACUACUUGGCGUGGCAAAGAUAGGAUGUUACGCAGUUCUUAUUUACAACCCAGUGUGCUUCGCCCUGACCCGUGUAAUGUUUUCAUCUCGGUCAGACAGACAGAAUACCGUCUAACAGUGAAUGCGGGAUGAAGAGCGACCCCAGCACUGCAAAGGAAACGCAUAAUUUCAUUGAUCGAACGACUUCUGGAUACAUCGGAAUUCCAUCUGAUCCACAUCAUCAGCAUUCGUUUGCACCUGGAUACCAUGGUAACAAGUAAACAUCAGGACGCUAUGACGACACGGGGCGCAGCUCCACGGGUCGCGUUCGGCAGCUGCCAGAAACGCCUGAUGUUUCCAAUGCACUUUGCGCCUGAUCGCAUGGGCAAUGAAAUGCUCGCGCUCCACGGCUCCACAGAACUAGGACCCGGAUGUUACGACAACCACACGGUGGGCACUCUUACAUAUGAGCUCCAACACAGACCUGAGAGCAAGAGGGGAUAUGUGUUUGCAGCGCGCACUGCACCACGCUUUUUGCCUCCAGUUAAAACGGCCACCCCUUCGCCAGAGAAAUACCAGCAAGACUGGACUCGGUCUAAAGUGUGUCCUCCUGGAAAAGCUCCCUUCAAUAGUACCACUGCAAAAUUCAAACAUCCAAACACAGACUCCAGCCCUGGUCCAGGGGCAUAUGUUCAUGGCAGCAUCCAAAGCAAAAAGGUGUCAUGGCCUAUGAAAUUCAGCUCUCCAGACUGGACAAAAGUGCCAUCGCUGGAGAGAAGAGCACUGCGUACAGAGCUCUACCAUGACAAAGAGUUUAGGAAACAGAGGAACAGGGUGGCUUAUCUAAGCUUGUUUUACUGAUCACUCGAACUACCACAAGAAUUCAGCGUGACUAUCAAAUGCAUAAAAACAUUAAAGAUUUAUACUUCCUAUUUCA